AAAUAAUACUAAACCAAAACAGCUGCCCUGGGCACACAGCACUUGGUUUCUCUGUUUACAAAUACUGCUUGUUUCCUGUUUCCAAUCUGACUAAUAUUCUGUGAAUAGCUGAUGGUUUGAUAGAAACCAUAGUUUUGUAGUUUGGCUCAACAGAUGCCAUGGCUAAUGAUAUCAAAUGCUUCAUCUAGCAUAUUGGCGCAAACCAUUCCUUUUGUCUACCUCCGCAAAAUAGUUGUCUGACAUUUGUCUGAGUGCAGUUCCUGUGGAGUGUGAUUUUUUGGAAAAGGUAUAAUAAUCAACUAAACCGGUUCAUCAAGAUUCCUCAAGUCAUUUUGUCCACCCGGGUUUUAUAGAACGUUCAUUGGUCUACCGAUGAUGAGUAUUGAUCAGUCCGGCUAUUCCAAGGGAUUACGACGAAGAACCUCUACACAACUCAGGCACAGGUAAGGCUUGAAGCUUGCCAAGCGACGCUUACCACUCCAACAACUAUGCCGGACAUGAAAAGGUCACUGACAAUUGAUGAGGUGCCAGACGUGCACAAGGAACCGUAUGUUCUUACGGGAUACAGGCCCCCGCAGCAGCCAUGGCGUUUUUACCUGAUGAGUAUCUUCUCCAAAAACAACGAAACCAUGAACGUCUGGACUCACCUUAUCCCAUGUUUCUACGUACUGUGGUUGCUGAAGACAUACUCUGACGAGGCAGGCUUCACAACAAGUGACCCAUCUUCAAUGCUUCUGCUUCUCUUUGGAACAAGCAACUUCGCCUUCCAUCUCUUUAGCGCAUUUGCCCAUCUUCUACACUCUCGCUCUGUAGCUGUAUAUUACGUCAUCUUCAUCUUCGACUAUCUGGGAAUCGCCUUCCACGCUUUCACCAGCGGGACCGUGCAAUACUUCCUCAGCAGCGAGACUUCGUUCUUCCACGCCGUGCAUCCGUGGUAUCCAUGGGCAUGUGUUCUAUUCACUUGUUGCUACUUUGCAGCCAAUGUGUACUCGCACGUAAGUUACAGGAGAUGUCAUUCGGAAAGGGCCCUUACGCAAGUAGUGUCUUUCAGUACGACGUAUCUGUGGAUCACUUUACCAGUAAUACACCGCAUUUACUCUGAUGUCCACAACGGAAACGUGGAUGAAGUCACAUGGAUGCAUGUCAAUCAUAUCCUGCUGAUGAUCAUAGCAGGCUUUUUCUUUGGGUCAGAAAUGCCACAGAGGUUGUUCCCUGGAGGAUGUGACGUCAUUGGUCACGGCCAUCAGAUAUUCCACGUGAUGAUCACGGCAUCGGUCAUGGUUCAACUAGAAGCAUCGUUCGCAGAUUUGCAGAACCGCCGCCAUCUUGAUUUGGUUCGAAUUCGUCCUACCGACAUGUCAAUCACAGCUUACCUUGUUGUGUUGCUUACUUCAUAUGGUUACAUCACUGCCAUAUUUGUGCGCAAAGCUUUGUCAAAGGCAAAUCAUAUUUAGUAUGAUUAUUUUUUUUCGUUUCUCGAUUAAUUGAGAUGGGCAUUGAGGUAAUAUUUUGUUUUUCGUUUUGCUUGAUUGCACACUAAUGUAGUCCACUUCUGAAUGUGGCCCAAAAUGGCAAAUGCUGUCAAUAUAGCUGUAGGUUUCAGUGGGUAUCUAUCUACGUAGUUAUCAUACCACAAAAUUACGAACGGAAUAGAAGAUAAGCUAUC